AUGUCACGGCGCGUGGGACAAACGUGCCAAGCCAUUCUCGUCAUGUUGUUUCAACCUUCUUACAUAGAAGAUAAUUCUUCCUCUUCCUCUUUCAGGGCCCACAAUGGCGCGAACGAGCCCAAGAAUACCUCCAACAUUGAGACGAUUCGCGUGGGGUACGAACCGACAAUGGCCAAGGACGAUAGUUGGAAGCGCCAUUUUAUGCCAGGCACUUUAUUCGCAGACAUCAGCUUAACUCUUCUUCCUGCUGCUAUCUUGGGACUUGCCCUGGCCGUCAUGUGCUUGGACAAAACAACCGUUGAGAAGGAGGUGCUUCAGAAAUGGGAUAAUGCCAUCACCGUGAUAGCAUCAGUUUUCCCCAUUUUAUUCGCCUCCGUCGCAAGUAGAAUGGUCUACCAAGCUGCCCGCUGGAGACUCGAAAAAGGCGCAACUCUCAACCUUCUCGAACAAUUAAUCGGCAGUCGCACCGUCGGAUCGACGCUUGUCACACAGAUUAGCCUGGGCAGAUUCAAUAUCCUAGGCAUCUCUUUGCUCCUCCUUUGGUCCCUUUCACCACUUGGAUCACAAGCCGCUCUUCGAAUGCUGCGAACGCGACUUGAACCUGUGUACGCACCAUCCAACGUUCUCUACUAUACAACGGAUGCCUCGUCUGUUUUCAGUAGCUCGACACUCGUCUCACGAGGUGAGAUUGAUCAAUAUCGGUCGACUCAAUCGUUUAUGCAGACUAUGUACAAUUCUUUGUUGCUUGCUCCUCCUUCGGCUAAAAGUGAUGCAAUGGACCUGUGGGGGAAUGUCAAGAUUCCCAGGUUGGAAAUAGACGGUGAUAACGAUGGAAGCUGGAAGAACGUUUCGUGGAACUCAGCCCCAGAUUCUUAUACUUCACUAGUAGGGUUGCCUGUCACAAAUGUCACCCAAGGCAAUGUCACAUUCUCCCUCGAAUCAAGCUACAUCGACCUCGACUGCAAAAGAUUCACCUACAACAUUUCCGUCAUGAAGCAAAAGAUUUACGAAUGGGAUUAUAUGGACGGGAACAACAAUGGCUCUAUCCGCCUACCCAACGGAACCUUUCACGGAAUGAAUGGAACUAAAUUGCAAUCAGUAUGGAGUGUUGCUGUUGAUCGUUUCGUUGAUGAGUACUGGAACAACAAUGAUCGUUGUUCUUCAGUUGGCAAGGAAAGAGACUGUCAGAGCCCCAUAUUGCUGGUCAACGAGACUGACCUGGACGUGACGCCCGCACAGCUCGUCUUUGAAGCUUCAUUCCGAACCUCUCCCAAGCAAUACGUUCCGUCAAUGCGAAUUGAGGCAGUAUGCGAUGUAGUCCAGCGCUAUAUCGAAUCCCGCGUCGCUUGUUCGCGGGCCGACUCUUCAUCAUCGCAGAACUGUACUGUCAUUCAACAACGCUCCUCGCGCCAACCUCACGCUCCGGAGGGUGUCACUAUGCUUUCGUUUCCUGAUAUCUGGAGCUGGGUGACGCGAGGCCUACCUGUCGGAAUACAAGGUCAAACCUACGCCGAUACUCCGAUUCGGUAUCUCGAUAACCCUAGAGUUACAAGCUUUACUGUGGGCGACGAGGAGGAAGAGGGAAAGCUGCUGAGCAAUAUCACGGAGAAGCAAUUUGGUCGCCGCCUAUCACAGCUUCUUACCACUUAUGUCCUCUUGGGCCAGCUGAACCAGUACACAUCACAAGGAAGCAGCGAUAUAACAGCCAGGUUUGAACCAAAUGUUACUAUUCCCGUCGAUGUCAGUACCCUGAAAGAGAUAUACGUUGUGCACUGGUCCUGGAUAGCUUUAUUCUCUACCUGUUGCGCUGUUCUCCUUGUGAGUGGUAUUACUGGGGUUAUUUUUGCUCAUCUGGCUGCUGGACCAGAGAUUCUUGGAUACGCAUCAUCUGCGGUGCGUGAUUCUAAAUAUGUGACCCUUCCACCCACCACAGGACAGAAAGAGGCUCUUGAAGUUACAAAAAUGAUUGGACAGCAUAAGUUCAGAUAUGGAUAUACGAGUGCAACCUUUGAGGGUCGUCCUUUAAUGGGAAUUGGGUUGGAAGAUCAGAUACAAGGGAUCAAGGGUACGAAAGAGUCUAUGGGAUAG